CUUGUCUCAGUCAGUCAUUUACUGAACGUGAUUUAGCCAAGACGUGGUCUAACAUUGCUCGCUCAGCAAAACCGAGACGAAUAAACAGAUCCCUCAUAAAAGACGCGUUUUACCAGAAUUUUGUGUUCUUAUUUUUUUGUUUUUUAAGUACCACCACCAAAAAAAUACCAACAACAAAAAAUAAAAUUUAAAAAGAAAAAAAUUUAAAUCUCCCGCUGCAGCUUGACCGCACACAUAAUCAGACGGAAACCCCUCUACGACAAUAUGCUACUAAACUAGGAGUACCCAAAGAUUUUCCUCACAAACACCACCACAACAAACGCCAACAAAGAAUUUCACAAAAUCACACAAAAUGCCAAGAAAACUUUUAAAAUUCCUCAUAAUAUUCGACAACACUUCAUUGCUCUACUUCCCCGGGCAAUUUCUAUCGGGUCGUGUCCUCUUAGAGCUGCAAGAUGAUACACCGGCGUUGGGUUUACAUUUUCAUGUCGUGGGUGAGGGUGUAGUGCGGGCAGGCUCCGCACGACAAGAACGUGGCACAUAUGAUAAGGAGAAUUAUAUAGAUUUUCGUAUGCGUCUCUUGGGUGAUGUUGAUCAGGGGCCGACAGUGCUAUCACCGGGUAUUCAUAGUUUUCCCUUUAAGCUGGGAUUACCUAUGGGUCUGCCAUCGACAUUUUUGGGACGUUAUGGCUGGAUUCAGUAUUACUGCAAAGCAGCUUUGCGGGAGACCAAUGGCUUGAUACACAAAAAUCAUCAGGUGUUUAUUGUCAUGAAUCCCAUCGAUUUGAAUAUGGAGAAACCAAUAUUGUCGCAACCCUUCACCUGUGAGGUGGAACACAAAAUGGGUGUGGCCUGUGUGGGCGGUGGUCUGGUCAAAUGUCGUGUAGCUUUAGAUCGUGGUGGUUAUGUGCCCGGCGAAAGUGUCCUGGUAACGGCCUUUAUUUCCAAUCACAGUAAUGUUACCAUAAAACGGACCAAAGCUUCGUUAACAGAGACUGUGGAAUAUCUGGCUCGUGGUAAAGUGGUGCAAACGGAAAAACGUGCUUUAGCUGUCUUAGUCAGAGGUAAAAUACGUCCGGGCGGCAAGGAUGAAUGGCAAAACGAUAGCCUCUAUGUACCGCCGUUGCCGCCAACAAAUUUGCAUGGCUGCCAUUUAAUACGAAUUGCCUACGAUGUGUUCUUUGUCAUUGAGCCCAAGUCAUUAGAAAAGGAAAUCAAACUGCAGUUGCCCAUAUUGUUGGGCACCUAUCCAUUCCGUUCGCCGGCCAAUGACAUCUCAAAUACAUGGCCUGAUUCGGUGCUUAAACCAGAUACCCAUUAUCCCUCAUCAUUGCCAAUAUUUCGACCUUGGUUGAAUGACAAACCGGAAAAUUGAAAGAAAAAAAUCACGAUUUUAUUUAAUUUUUUGUUUUUUUUUUAACUUAGAUUUUGUGUGUAUUAAAAAAUGCUAACAAUUUAAGCCGAUCUGAAACGGAAUUCCAAACAUGGAAAAGUAAGACUUGAAAAUGUAUGAAGAGAAAAAAAAACUUGAUGAAGUAAUCCAAGAAGAAAAAAAAUUGCAAGUUUUUCGGCACGCAAUCUUUAAACUAUACGCCUCCACCACCAAAUUGUUUCAAAGUCAUUGAGUUUGUGUUUUUUUAUUAUUUUUUUUU